AUGAGUGUUGUCGAAGCGUACACCAAGUGCUGCAAUGAGAAACUCUACUCAAUCAACCCAAUCACAACCUUCAAUGCUAAGAGGGCCACGUUCAACUUCCUUUUCUGCGGAUUGUACCGCCAAAUCACUGGCAAGUACGCCAAGAUCCUCCACUUCAUUGCUGAUUCAUCAUACUUCAUCGCCAAGGAUGGCAAAGUCCUCGACCAAGCCCUUGCCGACCAAAUAAAGGCCAAGCUUGAUGAGUUAAUUGCCUCCGACAACAAGAUUGAACUUGUUGAGAUGGAUUCCAUCCAGCUUUGCAACAUUUUCGAGGAGCAAGGCAGAGAAGAGAAGGCCUACUACACUUCUAAGAUCGAUGAAGAGAAGAUCCUCUGCGCAAAGUUCGGAGAUAUGCUCGAUAUCGUCUACGAGCCAAUGGUUCUCAACUUCAAUGAACUUGGACUUUACAAGAUUCAUGUUUUCGACAAGGGCCUCCUUCUCCAGCUCCCAACAGCUAAGGAUCCAACAGUUUUCGCCAAGAACCGUCUUGCUGAACUCCAACAGCAGCUCUUAGUCCACUCAUCCAACCAGUGGAAGAAUUUCAACGUCGAGUCUGUCGCUCAGAUCUCCCAGUACUGCAGAACAACACCAUUUGCCCAAAUUCAGGGAAUUACCGACAAGCUUGCUGCCGAACAGCUUGAUAAGAUCGAAGCAUACAUUCUCUCACAGUUCCCUGACAAGCGUGUUGUUGGCAUUGCUGGUCCAUCAUCAUCUGGAAAGACAACAUUAUCUAUUCCACUCAAAGACAGGCUCAACAAGAAGGGCUAUGACUGCAUCAUCAUUGCCAUCGAUGACUAUUACCACCACCGUCCAGAAAUGUACCACCUUCCAGAUGGAACAAUCGAUUUCGAAGAUAUCAGAUCAAUCCAAGCACCACUUCUUGCUGAGAGAAUCAAGAAAUUGCUUGCUGGUGAGGAAAUUCCAGUCAGAAGAUUCGAUUUCAUCACUGGUUUUGGUAAGGACAGCGAAACAGAGAAAUUAAAGCUUUCUCAAAACGGAUUUGUCAUCAUCGAAGGUAUCCACGGCAUCAACCCACAAUUAUUCGACCUCAUUCAGCCACUUGUUCCAAUCAGAGUUUACGUUUCACCAAUGACACCAAUCUGCUACGACGAUGAACACCCAGUUUCAGGCAGAGACAUCUGCAUGAUGAGGCGUGUCAUCAGAGAUAACAGAGAGCGUGGCUAUUCACCAAGAUUUACAAUCGGCAUUUGGCCAGAUGUUUGCGAUGGCGAAGAAAGAAACAUCAACACAUAUGUCGGCCAAGUAGAAUACUUCUUCAACUCAUCCUUCGUCUACGAACUUCCUAUUAUCGCUGAAGCUGGUAAGGAAAUUUUCGAAAAAGCCCUCGAACCAGAAGAAAAAGAGGACAAGAAUUCCAAGAAGACAGCUUUCGUUAACUGCGAAGUUCGCAGAAUCCACAGACUCCUUCAGAUGUCUGGUCAUAUGUACAUGAAGGCCAUCAGAAGAGGUUCUGGUAUGGACGAAUUCGUCGGCGAGAAGUUCGUUGAGGAUGCUAAGGCUUAA